CGACUUUUUUAAAAAUUAAACAAUUAUAUUUCGGUCAGUUAUGUUAUACUAUGCUUAUUUAAAACGGUUACCAAGAAUACCAGCGAUGAUAUUUAUGUAUGUCCAAUGAGAAAGAGGUUAGUUUAACGAUAAAGUAUAAAAAAUAUAUAAGAGUCGGUACAUGAAAACGAUACAAACUGUAAUACCAUCGAAUGUUAUAACUGUUGACAGAAAAGUCGAAGUCAAUUAGUGAGAAUCGAUUUUAAUCGACUUGAAGCAUUCAAACUCGAUUCUAAAAAGUCGAUUAUUUUAAGUUAAAGAUCGAUUCCUGACCAAAGUCAGAGUCGACUUUCCUAUCCCUAUUAUAACCUCACGUAAACAAAUAUGAUGCAUGUUAUUCCCCGCUUUUAAGUGGUGUUAAGUACAUAUUAAUUCAAUUAUUCUAAUAAAAUGACAGAAAAACCAAAGACAAGCAGUGGAAACGAUGGGAAGGAAAAGCGACGCAAAGAAUCAAUCUUGGAUCUUUCGAAAUAUUUGGAAAAACAAAUUCGAGUUAAAUUUGCAGGCGGGCGCGAAGCAGCAGGCAUAUUAAAAGGAUAUGAUGCAUUACUUAACUUAGUCCUAGAUAAUACCGUUGAGUACCUAAGGGACGUAGACGAACCAUUUAAGUUAGCUGAAGAAACACGUAGUUUAGGUUUAGUUGUAUGCCGAGGCACUGCGUUAGUGCUCAUUUGUCCUCAAGAUGGUAUGGAAUCCAUACCUAAUCCAUUUAUUACACAAGAUGCAUAAUUAUUAAAAUUUAUUAAUAGUUCCAUAUCAAAACUUAAGUUUCAUAUGUUACAACAUUUAAUCUUUUUUAUGUUUUUUUAAAUAAAAUAUGAAUUAUUAAAAAGAACUAAUUUAAGGAAACUUAAAAGUAAUUUCAUAUAUAAAGUAAUAUUUGUAUAAUAUAAAAA